UGGGGGAUGGGAAGUAAAGCCCCAGCGAGCGGCAGCGGCGGGGCUGUGAGGAGCAGCCAGGGGGAGGCGGCGGCAGCGAGUCGGUGAGCAGCCGGGAGGAGCGGAGCCGAGGCGGAGCACCUGCAGGCACGGGCGGCGGCUUCACCAUGGCGAUUCGCAAGAAGAGCACCAAGAGCCCCCCGAUCCUGAGCCACGAAUUCAUCCUGCAGAAUCACGCGGACAUCGUCUCCUGUGUGGCGAUGGUCUUCCUGCUGGGGCUCAUGUUCGAGAUAACGGCAAAAGCUGCUGUCGUUUUUGUGACCCUUCAGUACAAUGUUACCCGCCCUGCAGCAGAAGAACAAGCUACUGAAUCAGCGUCCCUUUAUUACUAUGGUAUCAAAGAUUUGGCUACAGUUUUCUUCUACAUGCUAGUGGCGAUAAUUAUUCAUGCCAUAAUUCAAGAGUAUGUGUUGGAUAAAAUUAACAGGCGAAUGCACUUCUCCAAAACGAAACACAGCAAGUUUAAUGAAUCCGGUCAGCUUAGUGCAUUCUACCUAUUUUCUUGUAUUUGGGGCACAUUCAUUCUAGUAUCUGAAAAUUACAUCUCAGACCCAACUAUCUUGUGGAGGGCUUAUCCCCAUAACCUGAUGACAUUUCAAAUGAAAUUUUUCUACAUAUCGCAGUUGGCUUACUGGUUUCAUGCUUUUCCUGAACUCUACUUCCAGAAAACCAAAAAAGAGGACGUUCCCCGUCAGCUCGUCUACAUCGGUCUUUACCUCUUUCACGUUGCCGGGGCUUAUCUGCUGAACUUGAAUCAUCUAGGACUUGUUCUUUUGGUGCUGCAUUAUUUUGUUGAAUUUCUUUUCCACAUUUCCCGCCUGUUUUACUUCAGCGAUGAAAAGUAUCAGAAAGGGUAAGUUGCUUAGCCACUCUGU